AUGAAAGAGGAGCCUAUAAUUCAUGCUGCACUAAGCCUGGACUCACUGCCGAAGUACAUGCAAAAUAAUAACAUUAAGCAAAAAUCUAGUUCAAAUGAAUUGCCAUUAGCCAAGAAAGAGCUGAAACAUCACCGAUAUUAUAAAAAGCAACACAGAAAUACAGCAGAAGAUAGCAAUGGCAAAGGUAAAUUGAAUUGUUAUUUGACUGUUUUUGUAGCAUCUUCCAAACCAACACCUCUCAAAAUCCAGCAAAAAGAGUUCAUAUUACUAAAGGACAGUGAGAAUUUCCUGUUUUGUGAUAUCCGGAUCAUUUUAGAAGCUGUUUUUCAGACUGCUCCCUGGAGGCUGAUUUCUGGAAUCUUAGGAGCAGUAUGUCUUUUACUGAUGGUUGUCCUGGGAAUCCUAUUGAAUAAUUUAUUUAGUAAACAAAGUAUUCAGCCAACAUCAUCUCCAAGACCCACCGUAGUACUCCAGGAAGUCUCUGACUGCUGUUCUUGUCCAGAAAAGUGGAUUAGGUACCAAUGCAACUGUUACUUCAUUUUUAAUAAAGGAAAAACUUGGGCAGAAAGCAGGAAUUCCUGUGUUUCUCUGAAUUCCAGUCUACUUCAUCUAGAAAGCAGAGAUGAAAUGGGUUUUUGGAAACAAAGCCAAUAUUACUACUGGAUUGGACUCUCUUAUAAUAAAAAACAUAGUGUGUGGUUAUGGGAGGACGGCUCUGCUCCCUCCCAGGAUCUACUUUCAUCCCAUCAAUCUUUAAAGCCAAAUCACUGCAUAGUGUAUUCUCCAGGCGAAGUGAUUUUUGGUGAACACUGUGAGAAUGAAAAUCCUUAUAUCUGUAAGCACCGGCUUAUUUAA